AUGGACUUGGCCUGGAUGUUGCAAAAUGAAAUUGAGUUUGCGUUGUUGUCCGGGCAACCUUUGACAGGUUUUGCCUUGGACCUCAGCAAAGCCUACAAUACAAUUUCAAGGCCAGUUUUGGACAUUGCAGCACAGCGUUUGGGCUGGCCUGUUGCGCUUAGAAAAGCCUAUGCGGCUUUCCUCGCAGGUGUCCGCAGGCACUUUCGUGUAGGUCAGCAUGUGUCCCCGCCUGUGCUCAGCCAAACUGGAGGCCCUGAGUGCCCUUUAGCUGUGGUAUCGAUGAUUGCCAUCACGUGGCUGGUCUCAGCCGAAGUCCAGUCAAAGCACAGCAUUCCUAUGAUGUCUUACGUUGACAACUGGACUGUUCAAUCUUCGUCCUCUGCCGUUGCAGGAGAAGCAGUUGCUUGCGUUACAUCUGUAACCUCACAGUUGGCCAUGACGGUGUCGUUGACGAAGCCUUUUGCCUAUGCCACCACAAAGAAAGACAGGGGCUUUUUACGCCGGAUAUGGGCCUCCAUACCUGCGCUAGAGACCAAAUGGAAUUUCGUGACGGGGCGCCCUUCUUCCAAGGGAAUGGGCCCGCUGUCGCAGUUGAAAACAGCGCAGGGAUACAAUUCUCAUGUUGCCAACUACGCAUGCGGGGCCAUUGUCCCGGCUCAACGGCGCAAGCACUUUGCGUGUGACUUGGACUUGCAGCCAUGGCACAUUGUCAAGGUUAGUAAUCACCAGAACUGGAAAACUGCUCCUGAUGAGUAUCAUGCAUGGUUGUGGUAUCACAAUGAUGCUGCCAGAGAGAAGGCCCAUUGUGCAAUGCAGACGAUGCGUGCGCAGCAAAAGGCUGUGUAUCAACUGCAGCUCGGGGUCGCUAACUGCUUCUGCCAGGUCAAGCGUGCAAAGCAUAUUUCGGAAACUGCAAGCGUUCCUGAGGAUAUGCUGCAACUCAAAAUGCAAGCGCUUGGAAUGAUGCUUUGUGAUGCUGGGAUCAAGUUCCCUGGCAGUGACUGCGAGCCUGUUUGGCAGCGCUUUUUGCUCUGCGCACCGUUCGGGCAACUCUUGUUUGAGUGGUUUCGUUCUGUCGAGUGGGUUUGGGACCCGGGAGGGUUCUCUUUGCUGGAGAUGUAUUAUGCCUUUACCGGCCAGACUGGGUGGUUGGUUCCACUGAAUCUGGCCGCUUGGUCUGAUGAGGUUAGGCCAGGCCGGGUCCUCCUCGUCUUCCCCUGA